AUGGCUGACUCGAAAAGAUCGACGUUGGACUACGGUCGGGGAGUCCUCAACUUUGGCGACGAAGGUCUCUACUUGGCUGUGCUGAGCGACUACGCCUCGCAGCUGCUCGUAACGGUAAAACAAGUUGAGUCCUUCUCUGCCAGCGGGGAGCGAUCAGCGCUUCGGGAUGAGGUGGCGCUGCUGCAGAACUCCGCUUCGUACCUUGCGGCUGACCGGCUGAGUUUAGCUGCCGCAGUGCUAUUGCGAGCCUUAGAGUCGAGACAAGGCAACGAGGCGGCUCUUGCGGCCUCGGUCUGUGAGCAGGCACGUGCAACGUGUGUGGAGGUCCGUGGCAUCGUGGCCGCCGGAGGCGUGAAGGGCGCAGCGGUGGCUGCGACUGGGACCGAGGCUGUAGAGCUGGCACCGGAGCUCGCGGCGGAGCCAGCGCCCAGGAAAUGCACUGGCUGCAACCUCCAGUGA